GUCAAGGCUCCCAUCCAGAGCCCUGCUGAGCAGUAGCAUGUCCUCAACCGACCUAAUUUGUUGACAAUUAUUACACCCGGCCAGGUCCGGUUAGCCCAUCGCCGGUCAUGCGGUGGGGCUGCUGGCCCUUAAUGGGGCUCCUGCUGGCGGCAGCGAGCCCCGCAGCCCCCGCGGCGCGCCGAGGGCGCCAUCGAUCCGUCCCCAUUGAGGGGCCUCGUGCGGAGCCCCUGAUGGCGCAACAGGGGUCCAGCACGCGACGGGACCCCUUCGAUCCCCACAAGGAUUCCGAGGAGUUUAGAAGGGACGCCCCAGAUGACAAAAGAGACUUCCCUAGUCGACUGUCGUCGACGGAUGAGGACCCUUUAAUCAUUCGCACCAAUAAGGGAAAAGUCCGCGGGACGACGCUGACUGCGGCAACAGGAAAGAAGGUAGACGCCUGGUUGGGCAUUCCCUACGCCCAAAAACCCGUAGGGAACCUGCGGUUUAGGCACCCGCGCCCCUAUGAGAAAUGGGAGGGCGUUAUCAAUGCCACCAAGCACCCCAACUCCUGCGUACAAAUUAUUGACACACUGUUUGGAGACUUUCCCGGUGCUCAAAUUUGGAACCCCAACACUCCUCUAAGCGAGGACUGUCUCUACAUUAACGUGGUGGUCCCGCGGCCUCGGCCCAAGAAUGCUGCGGUGAUGGUGUGGGUGUUUGGAGGAGGAUUUUACUCCGGCACCAACACUCUUGAUGUUUAUGACCACAAUAUUCUGGUAUCCGAGGAGAACGUUAUAGUAAUCUCCAUGCAGUAUCGGGUGGCAUCACUGGGGUUCAUCUACUUCGGAACGCCUGACGCUCCUGGCAACACCGGCCUCUUCGAUCAGCUGAUGGCCUUGCAGUGGGUGCGGGACAACGUGGCAGCCUUCGGAGGAAACCCCCAGAAUGUGACCUUGUUCGGUGAAAGCGCCGGCGCCGUCUCCGUCUCCUUGCACCUGCUCUCCCCAUUGUCGCGCAACUUAUUCUCCCAGGCUAUCAUGGAGUCGGGCAGCGCCACGGCGCCUUGGGCAAUAAUCUCUCGAGAAGAGAGCAUUCUGCGAGGACUCCGAUUGGCGGAGGCAGUCAAAUGUCCUCAUGAAAGAGACAACCUGCCGGCUGUUAUCGAGUGUUUAAGAUUGAAGGAUCCCUUCGACCUCGUUAACAAUGAGUGGGGCACUUUGGGAAUCUGCGAAUUCCCCUUUGUGCCCAUCAUAGACGGGUCCUUCCUGGAUGAAUCCCCCGGUCGGGCAAUGGCCAAUAAAAACUUCAAAAAAACCAACAUUCUCAUGGGCUCCAACACGGAGGAAGGCUACUAUUUCAUCAUGUACUACCUCACUGAGCUGUUCAGGAAAGAGGAAAACGUCUACAUCAGUAGGCAAGAAUUCCUGGGCGCAGUUACCGAACUGAACCCAUAUGUUGGGCCUGCGGCACGUCAAGCGAUUGUCUUCGAGUACACCGAUUGGCUGAAUCCAGACGACCCGGUGGCCAAUCGGGACGCUCUGGACAAGAUGGUCGGAGACUAUCAGUUCACGUGCAAUGUGAAUGAGUUUGCUCAUCGCUAUGCGGAAACUGGCAACAAUGUCUACAUGUACUACUUCAAACAUCGAACUGUGAGUAUAGAGAUGGAGAAAUAACCAUUCCUGAAACUGGAAUAAUGGUAG